GUACGACAUUACGCGAAACACCAUUCGCAUGGUUCAGUGAUGACGUUUAUCAGUGUCCUCGUUUAUGUAGGACAGCGUCGUGUUCCAAUAGAUGUAACGCACCAAUACGUGUUUUAGUAAAGCAGGUCUAAUACUAUAAUAUUUGUACACACAGUGUUAUCUGCGCCCAAUAGGUUAUCUGUGGUCAGAACAGUCCGAACAACUAUCCCACAUGCAAUAGCCUUCUCACGGUUGUAGCGCAUUACUGAAGUACCGCGACGCGUUUACUUUAUCGCCGUGUGUUAUUUUUAAAUUCAGAAAAAAAAUACUUUUACGUGAUUGGGAAUUUCCACGUGAUUUAUUGCUGUGAUGGUCUGUCUUCGAUGCAUUCUACAAGUGAUCUUGUUAGCAAGUGCCACUGCCAAAAUAAGUUACUUUUGGCACAUUACUGACAUACAUUUAGAUGUUGACUAUUCUGUCAAAGGCGAUCCAAGAAGAAACUGUUGGCGUACGGAGCAGAGUGUCAAUCACGAGACUGUGGGCAGAUACGGGAACUACAACUGUGACUCUCCCUGGGCUCUGGUGCAGUCUGCCGCUCGUACAAUGAAGACGAAGAACGGAGAAGAUAUAGAGUUUGUGCUCUGGACAGGGGACGGACUGUCGGUGAUGUCCAGCAGUCGCUCGUCAGAGAAGCAAGUGGCGGCUCUACAGAAUCUGACACACCUGUUCAGCCACACCUUCCCUUCACAGUUCGUGUUCCCAGUGUUGGGCCAUGAUGACCCCGGGGGCAACCCUGGAGAGAGGCUUGGAUACCGGGAACUCGCUAAUUUUUGGCGGCAUUGGCUUCCGUCUGAGGCUAUCGCCACAUUUGUUAAAGGUGGUUACUACACUAUUGAGCACAAAGACAACAAACUCCGGAUCAUCGCUCUCAACACAAACUUGUACUCCAGUCCGCACAGUAAAGGAGAUGAUCCUUCAGAACAAUUCUCUUGGUUGGCGGAGGUUCUUGAAAAAUCCCAGAAAUUCAGAGAAAAGGUAUAUAUAGUGGGCCACAUGGGACCGGGCCCUGACGAGCGCCAACCUGACACGAUGCCUCACUUCAGAGAGGCUGCGGCCCGAAGGUACCUCGGCCUUAUUCGGAAAUAUUCGGAUAUUAUUGUGGGUCAAUUUUUUGGUCAUCUCCAUUCCGACACCUUCCGCAUCGUAUAUAACGGCAGUUCAGCACGUCCUGUCUCGUGGAUGCUCAUGGCGCCGUCUCUCAGCCCACGAAGGACCAACGGUGGAGCGAACAAUCCUGGCCUUAGACUCUACAAGUUUAACAGAGACACUGCUCAAGUUCUAGAUUACACGCAGUACUACUUGGAUCUAAAUCAAGCCAACCAAAAAGAAAAGGCAGAUUGGAGUCAAGAGUAUAAUUUCACCAGCUACUACGGUUUGACCAACAUCACUCCUUCAUCCCUGCAUGAACUCGCCUCCUCCUUCAGGCACGACUCACCCUCCUUCGACAGAUAUUACCGAGCGAACUCCGUGGGUCUGUCGAUGGGACAUUGUGACGGUCCGUGCACCCUCACUCACUACUGCGCCACUACACGGGUAGAGUACUCGGAGUUCCGCCACUGUCUGGAUGCUGCCGCCAGCGCCCUCGCCUCUGGGAGCACAGCCAUCACGGCUGGCCUCUUCGUGGUCCUCGCCCUCGGCCUCCCGUCACUGGUCACGUGACAUCCCUCCCUCCCCACCCUUCCACAGGCGUAAUGAGGUUCCCUCUUCUUCGGCCGCUGAAUGGUCUACUCUUACUAAGCGUUUUUAAUGUUCAUUGUUUUCACUUGAUCUCGAUAAGUUUGUUGGAUCUUUUAAUUAUUCAAUGUUGGCUAACCUUACAGCAAUUGAAAGUUGUCUUAAAACCCAAAAAAACGUGUCAAAAUUUAAAGAAAUGUGUACAUUCCUGCUUAAUAAUAAUCUGUUUUGUAUAUAGACAAACAAAUACUAACCAAAUUAUCCUUUCAAAAUAGUUGGCAGUUAACUAAUUAACAGCAAAAUUAAUCCGUUCCUGGUUGGAUUCUAUUAUAUGGUUAACUUUAUAUGGAUAUGUCAAAAUAACGUUAUAUUUUGUAACUAUUUGGAAACAUUAAGGUCUGAUAUAAACUAUCUUAUAAGAAUAUGUUUUGAACAGGCAUAAGCUCUUCGUAGACUGUGAUAAGUACUCGUUAAGAACUGAGUUAUUUUGGUAAAAUAGCGUUUAAUAACUGAUAGUAUUUUGUUAUUUAAUGUUUAUACAUACUAUAGAUAUAUCUUAGAGAUUCUAUCAAUUGUAAAUAGGCCACCCGUAACAAAAGAGAAGCAUAGUAACUAAAUUAGGCCUAAAGAUUUUGUACUUUUCAACAGUUUUAAUUAAUUCGUACGUUUCAAUUGAAAUUCCAAAAGUAACUGAUUUUUUUAAAGUUUAAUAAUUAAAAUUAUGCUCAUCACUAAUUAAAAUAUCCAUAUGUAAAUGAUGUAUAUAUUAUUCUGAAAGUUGAUGUAGUGGGAACUAUUUGUAAAAUUCUGUCUUGAAUAAAUAUCUAAGCUACAUUAUACAAAUUGA